CUCCCUGAUGGCAGCCGUGGGUCUCAAGUUACUCAGUAGGCAUAAGAUUACUGAAAGAGAGAGAGCUUAAACAGAACACAAGGGUGUGCAGAAAUCUGAUUGUAAUGCAGGCUAAGAAGAGGAGCAAGGCUAGAGAGGGACAGAGGCGAAAAGAGGAGCCCCACUCUUCCUGGAUCACAGCGCUCACAGAAGGACCGUCCUGCUCCAGAGGUUUUCCCUGAUCAAGUGACAGUAUCUUGGGAUUCGGCUCUCUGCUUCAGAACUAGCUUGAAUCUUCUCUGAUCUCUUGGCACUUUGCGGUGCAGAGUGGGCUUGCUGGUUGGCCUGUGCUUUUGGUUGCCCCACUGUCAUUUCAUCCUGGGUUAGGAGCCUGAGCUCUGCCCCAGGGAGGGGAGGGAGGCCAUGGAGGUUCCUCUAGUCAACUUUGAGAACCUGGAUGACAUCGGAAUCAACCUGGGAGACCCAAGUGACUCGGGAUAUCCGAACUCUCCCACCUCAGAUACCCCGGAACCAAACCAGGGGACCCGUGGCAUAAACUCACCCACACACUCACCUCAGAGAGGAAGACAGCCAAGGCACUCGCUGGCCUCUCCACCAACACUAAGCAAGAAAGGAACAUCAAGCUGUAACAGCCUGAUCUCCAACUGGAAGGUUCUGAUGAACAGCGAGGGCAGUCCCAAUGAGGCUCUCCUAGGAAAAGUAGCCAAGGAUUGUUGCGAGGACUACUUUGCAGAAAAGGAGAAAUUUGAGGAGGGCGAACAAAAAGUGGUUAUCAAUGUCUCAGGGAUGAUGUACGAAACAACACUUAAAACUUUAAAUCAGUUCCCAGAUACCUUGCUGGGAGACCCCAUGAGGAGGAUUGACUACUUUGACCACAUGAAGAACGAGUAUUUCUUUGACCGCAACCGCCCGAGCUUCGAUGGAAUCUUGUAUUUCUAUCAGUCCGGAGGCAAGAUUCGGAGGCCAGCAAACGUGCCAUUGGAUGUAUUUGCAGAUGAGAUAGUGUUCUAUCGACUGGGGCAUGAGGUCAUGGAACAGUUCAGGGAGGAUGAAGGUUUCAUCAAAGACCCUGAGCCUCAACUCCCAACCAGUGAGAUUCACCGUCAAUUUUGGCUGCUCUUUGAGUACCCAGAGAGCUCCAGUGCUGCCAGGUCAGUGGCCUUAGUGUCUGUUUUUGUCAUCACUAUAUCUAUUUGUAUCUUCUGCCUGGAGACGCUCCCGGAAUUCCGCGAUGAGCGUGAAUUUACACCUGCAUUCGUCAACCUAACCCGUGACGCCAACGGCACACUUCUGUCCCCUACCCCUCAUCCUAAGGCCGUGCUCUCUGUCUUUACUGACCCUUUCUUUGUGGUGGAGACCAUCUGCAUUGUUUGGUUCUGUUUUGAGCUUGUAGUACGUUUCAUAGUGUGCCCCAGCAAGAGCGAGUUUUUCAGCAAUAUCAUGAAUGUCAUUGACAUUGUGUCCAUUAUGCCCUACUUCAUCACUGUCAUAACAGAACUGAUGGCCACCCACGAGGAAGACCCCACCGCCAACCAGAACAUGUCUCUGGCCACACUACGUGUCAUCCGAUUAGUGCGUGUCUUCAGGAUUUUCAAGCUUUCCCGCCAUUCCAAGGGCCUCCAGAUUCUAGGCCAAACCCUGAAGGCCAGCAUGAGGGAGCUAGGCUUGCUUAUUUUCUUCCUCUUCAUAGGCGUCAUCCUCUUCUCCAGUGCCAUUUACUUUGCUGAGGUUGACGAACCUGAUACUCAGUUCGUGAGCAUCCCGGAAGGAUUCUGGUGGGCUGUGGUCACAAUGACGACAGUCGGCUACGGCGACAUGUGCCCUAUCACUUUGGGGGGAAAGAUGGUUGGGAUCCUCUGUGCCAUCGCUGGUGUGCUUACCAUUGCACUUCCUGUUCCUGUCAUCGUCUCCAACUUCAACUACUUCUACCAUCGUGAAACUGAGCAAGCGGAGAAACAGAUGAUUGACGCUGCUACUGAAGCUGCUGCAAAUCAGAAAAGCAGUUCUGAAGAGAAGUAUGAAAGCAAUUACUCGCUGGACAAGAGCAAUGGGAACUGGCAGACAGGGAAAAAUGGCAUUCCAUAAGGAUUGGUAUAUUUCACAUGACUAGCAAUAAUGACUGUACAACAAUGCACUUAGAAACUCUUGUUUUUAUGGUUUGAAAACUGCUUAAUUAAGAGUUCUACAUAUGUACCUAAUGCUAUGCAUAUACAAACAGUACCUUUACAAAACAUGCUGUUUCAAAGGGAGACCUCAAACAGGACGCUGUUUUAGCCAAAGGCUGCUAAAAACACCUUUGAUGGAUGACUAUAACCUCAGAAGCACUAUCUACUAAAAGGAAGCAAAAUAUAUUGUAAGGGACAUCCCUUUAAGGCUUUACAGUAAUACAAACUGAAAUGCACUGAAAGGAAAAAGGAAUAUGAAACUCGGGAAGACAAAAAAAAGUACUCAUGUCAUCAUUUCGAGGCAAACGGCUGCGUUUGACUGAGGUCAAAACAAGCAUUUAAUUAAUCGCGAUUAAGUGCCUGUGUUGCCGAGUCCCUCAAAUUAAUGCCGAGGAAUCAUGAAUCUGCACUCUGAGCAUCCACCCAGCACCACCUUUUGCUGAUGUUGUCGUUCCUUUAGAGUUUUGCACUGACAUCACCUUUUGUCCCUGCUGCUUGUAAAAGAAAAAGCUUAUGCCAAACUGUUAUCCAUCCUUCAAUGUCACUGAAUGUCUCCUCUAACAGUCCUGGUAGUUGUUAUACAUAAUCAGGCCCAUUUGGAAUUUAAAUACAGUAUCCUACGCAUGCAAGUAUGUUAUAUUUGGAUGACCCGCCGUUCUGUGGCAGCAUCUGCUUGCUGCUCGUCCCACAUUUUCUUCUGGUGUUUCUAUUCUUGUCAACAUACACACAUAAUGAGACGCUAGAACUCUAUCUUUAGAGUGAGAUUUUUUUUUUCGUAUUUCUAUGCUGAGUGAGUUCAAGUUUUGGUACACACCUUUGCUUGGCCAUUCCAUUCAAUUCGUUUUACGUCAUAUCUUGUCUCUUGUUUGACCGACUGUAUAUAACGAGCACUGACAAUAGCUAGUAGGAUGCACUCACUUCUUUACAUACAGCUUAAUUGGCCUACUAUCAGCCUUACUCAUUAUGCACAUGGAUAUGUAUGGCUGGAAAACGCACAAGAAUUUAAGCAUGGAUUUAUAUGAGUUACCCACUUAAAACAAUACUUAUCUGUCAAACUGUGGACAUAUAUAAAAAAAAUAAAAAAAUAAAAAAAAAAACUUUAAUUUAGGUUGGUUCUGUUGGUGGAGUAAUAAGUGUUAUUUUUCCAUCAUACUA